AUGGAGCCCCUGAGUUCACCGUUCUCCUUUUGCAGUUCUCUUUCUUCACCAGAUAAAAAUCCAAAAAUAUUAAAAACGAAAAUUGAUCUCUUUCUUCUGUUGAAUUGAUCUAAGUUAUGGGCGAGUUGGAAUCCGAUAAGCACGUGGAAUACAUCCUCUCAAUCGAAAAGAAAAAAGAUGAUUUCGAUGCUCUAUUAAUGGAGCACCUAAGAAUAAAUGGAGCUUAUUGGGGUUUAACAACUCUGGAUAUUCUUCACAAGAUCUCAGCUGUUGAUCCUGAUGAGGUGAUCUCAUGGGUGAUGAAGUGUUAUCAUGACGAUUGUGGUGGUUUUGGUGGGAAUAUUGGGCAUGAUCCACACAUUUUGAACACGCUUAGUGCUGUGCAGAUUUUAGCUCUUUUCGACCGGAUCAAUGUUUUGGAUGCUGAAAUGGUUUCAAAUUACAUUGCUGGUCUGCAAAAUGAAGAUGGAUCUUUCUCUGGGGAUAUGUGGGGCGAAAUUGACACAAGGUUCUCUUACUGUGCAAUUUGUUGCCUCUCGAUAUUACAUCGUCUGAAUAAGAUAAAUGUGGAAAAGGCUGUGAAUUAUAUUGUGAGCUGCAAAAAUUUAGAUGGCGGAUUUGGAUGUACACCUGGAGGAGAGUCUCAUGCUGGACAAAGUAUGCUCUUUCGCGGUGAACAAGACAUAUUCUGUUGUGUAGGUGCCCUUGCUAUAACAGGAUCACUACACCAUGUAGAUAGAGACCUUCUUGGUUGGUGGCUAUGUGAGCGUCAAUGUAAUGAUGGAGGACCAAAUGAUGGAGGACUAAAUGGGCGUCCCGAGAAACUUGUAGAUGUCUGUUAUUCGUGGUGGGUACUUUCAAGCCUAAUUAUGAUUGAUCGAGUGCAUUGGAUUGACAAGGACAAACUUACAAGAUUCAUCUUAAACUGCCAGGAUAAAGAGAAUGGAGGUAUUUCAGAUAGGGCCGAUGACGCUGUAGAUGUCUUCCACACCUACUUUGGUGUAGCAGGACUUUCACUUAUGGAAUAUCCGGGAUUGAAAUCUAUUGAUCCUGCUUAUGCAUUACCUGUGGAUGUCGUGAAUAGAAUUUUCUUUGGAAAGUAAAGGGAUCUACUGACUCACAGUCACAGGUGGUUCUUUAUUGAGCCUGAAAGCUCACUGUGCUCUAAGCUUACAGCUGUUCGAUAAUGUUCGCCAUCUCUUAUGGGUAAUAUCAGUGCCAAACUGCCAAUGCUGAUGUAUCUGCUGUCAAGAAAACUGGUUGCUGUUCAGCUUAAUUCUCAGAAGCAGGAGGGAGAAACUUUCAAAUUGGACCGGGUCCACUCUCUUUGUGGUCGACCAAAGAGAGGAGAAUCUUUGAUCAGCAUACUGGAUCCCUAAAUUUUUCUUGUUUUUGCACUUCGCUAGACCCAGUCCAUCUGAUACUUUGUACUUACAGGGCAAGGAGUUUUACGCGAUGAGUCUUCUGUUUUUUUUUUAAGGGUGGCUAAUAUAACUUUCGUAUGUAUGUUUUAGAUAUUUUUUAUUUCUUUAGCUAUUAUUGAUGGGAUCUUUAUCAGAGAGAUCUUUUGAUGAAAAUGUUUUAAUCUCUCUAAUUC